CCAGCACUGACCUAUCGGCAAGAAUACAAAAUGUAUAUGAAUACGCUGAAUGGUAAACAAAUGCUCAACAGCUGACAGCAAUAACACAUUUUAUCCUGUGAGUUUGUUGCAUUCGAUUUAAGCUCGCUUUUUAACGUAGCGCACUGUUUAAAAGUGAUGAGAAACUAUUGUUAACUAUGCCAACAAACGGCAUAAGCUGUUUAUAAAUCUUAUGCUGGUUCAUAAUUUAAGUUGCCAUAAAAAGCGCCUUUUUUCAAUCAUGAAGGCUGUCUUACAAGAUCGGGGAUCCAUAGAUUUAUCCCUCGAAGAAUGCGAUUUGGAAAGGACUUUGCUUGGAGGACAAAGUUUCCGAUGGCGGUCCAUAAGCGAUGGAAGUAGAACGAAAUAUAGCGGAGUGGUGUUCAACACCUACUGGGUGCUCCAGCAAGAAGAAUCCUUCAUAACUUACGAGGCAUACGGGCCCAGCAGUGCUUUGGACACAAAGGACUAUUCUUCCUUGAUAUCUGAUUACCUACGCAUGGAUUUCGACCUAAAACUUAACCAAAAAGAUUGGUUAAACAAGGAUGAGAACUUUGUAAGGUUCUUGAGUAAGCCAGUGCGAGUGCUUUCUCAGGAGCCGUUCGAGAACAUUUUUAGCUUCCUUUGCAGUCAAAACAAUAACAUAAAGCGCAUAUCAUCUAUGAUCCAAUGGUUUUGCGCUACAUUUGGCACCAAGAUUGGCCACUUCAAUGGUUCCGAUGAGUAUACAUUCCCGACGAUUAACAGAUUCCACGACAUCCCAUGCGACGAACUGAAUGCCCAACUAAGGGCUGCCAAGUUCGGUUAUCGGGCCAAAUUCAUAGCACAAACGCUGCAAGAGAUCCGGAAAAAGGGGGGCCAAAACUGGUUCAUACGGCUGAGGAGCAUGCCGUUCGAAAAAGCUCGCGAGGAGCUGACACUGCUACCCGGAAUCGGAUACAAAGUGGCGGAUUGUAUCUGCCUUAUGUCGAUGGGUCACUUGGAAUCCGUGCCCGUCGACAUUCAUAUUUACAGAAUUGCUCAAAAGUACUACCUGCCCCAUCUAAGCGGUCAAAAGAACGUAACCAAGAAGAUUUACGAUGAGGUUUCGAAUCAUUUUCAAAAGCUACAUGGAAAGUCUGCCGGUUGGGCUCAAGCUAUUCUUUUUUCUGCCGAUUUGGGUCAAUUUCAAAAUACUUCCACAGUUGACUGUAAAAAAAAAUCCAAUAAAAAACAUAAAAAGUGAUCUUAUGUACGAGUAUAAAAUUUAAAAAGGUUGUUCUUUUAAUAUUGUAAUGUUAAAAUAUAAUAGAAAUAUAUA